CUCAGCUCCGCCCUGUCCCUGCACUCAGCCCCGCCCCUUUCCUUUUGGGCUCCACCUUCGCUCCUCUGAACUUGGGGGCUUGACGCCGACGCAGAGAAAAGGAGAUCAAGGAGGAACCUCGAAGGUGCGGAGUUGGGAAAGAUCUGUUCCAACUGAAGGCCUUGAAAUACCAGAUCGCAACGGGUUGGGACGAAUCUGGAAGUGACCGCGCUUAGCUUUGCAUCACAAUACACAGCUUUGCAUAACCAACUCUGACAGGCAUUUAAAGGCGUCGCUGCGGUCCCAGACCUUGUAGUCAUCUUCGCGCAGAACCACCUUUUGCAAUGAUGCCCGGGAUGCGGACUCCGCUCCUGAUCGCCCUGGGCUUGCUUCUCGCUGGACCUGAGGCCCUUGCAAAGGUCUCAAUGAAACAGUCAUACCAGGUCAGUAGCUUUUCCUGGGAGAACUGUGACGAGGGGAAGGACCCUGUGCUGAUCAAAAGCCUGAGUGUGGAGCCUAACCCCGUUGUGGAUCCUGGGAAUGUGACUGUCAGUGCCGAGACCCAGACGAGUGUCACCCUCCGUUCUCCUCUGAAGGUGGAAUUAAUUGUGCAGAAGGAAAUGGCUGGUUUGUGGGUCAAAGUCCCAUGUGUGGAACAAAUUGGUAGCUGCACCUAUGAAGACAUGUGCGAUAUACUUGAUAUUUACGUCCCCCCUGGAGAGCCCUGCCCAGAGCCCCUGCAUGCCUACGGGCUUCCCUGCCACUGUCCCUUCAAAGAAGGCAAGUACUCCCUGCCCAAGAGUGUAAUCACACUACCCCACCUGAACCUGCCUGGCUUGAUCAGUACCGGAAACUACCGCAUCCAGAACAUCCUAAGCAGCGGCGAGAAACGUCUGGGCUGUUUCAAGAUCAAUGUCUCUCUAGAGGCCGUGUAAUGUGGCACCAGCGACAGCAGGAUGAAGGGGUGUGAGGAAGGCGUCCCUCUUCCUCUGUCUUGUAUUUGUCAAGGCCAAAUUCUAAUUUUCUGUCCCCCUUCAAGCCCCUUCCUACGGUGAUGCUACUACCCUCACUGAAAAUCGUUUUGUGCCACUUACAUGUUAGGUGUGGGCAAGCGGCCUGAACCUAAGGUAGGGAGACCUUGGUUGCCCUUGACACCUCAGGACGUCUACCGGGCUGGCCACUCCGUGUUCCUCCUUACUGCUGUGGCUUUCUGUCUAAGAGCUUAACUCAUCUUCCAAACAGUCAAGAAAUAUGACGAACAUGUUUUGUGACCCCACGUUCGGACUGACCCAGUCUUGCUCUCCUGAAGUAUCUUUGUGAUUGUCUCAUUAAAUUUUUUUUUUUUGUCAUUAA